UAUUUAUUCCAAAGCAUACUAUCUAUUUUACAUGUUAAGGUUCUUGUAGAGAAUAAACCAAGGUCAAUUCUCUUGAAAAAGAAAUCACUAGUGCGACUUGAGCCCGCGACAUUAUUGGCAGAAGGCAAACCCAAACACCUCUUCUCAAGAAACCACAACAAACCAUAUUUUGACAUUGAAUAAUGGAUAAUUCAAAUAAAUUUAGGACUGAUUUUAAAUACUACAAGCAAAAAUGUCCACUUCCCGACUUGAAUAAAGUUUUAGACUUUUCAAAUAUCAUAGCAGAAUCUGCUGUUCAGAGUAUAAAAGCUGUUGAAGACGAAUAUGUCAAAAUAAAAAGCGAGGAGGAAAAUUUUAUCGCCAGUUUAAUGUUGCCCCCUUCUGAAUGGAACAUUUAUGAACUAAAAGAUAAUCCAGGAUUGUUAUUUAUAAGAAACCCAUUUACACCAAUCGGUCAAAGGUUCUGGAUAUAUCGAUGUUUACAUGAUUAUACGCGUAAACCAAACAGACUAAACAUUGAUGCACAUAAUAUUCUGGAUUCAUCUAAAAAUUGGUGGAAUAUUUCUCAAAGGGAAGAUCAGGAGUCACUGCGCAAGAAACUGAGAUGGGCCACUUUAGGUUACCAUCAUAAUUGGGACACAAAGGCUUACAGUGAAAACGCAAAGGAUCCAUUUCCUAGUGAACUAGCUGUACUUGCUAAGUAUGUUGGACGCAUAGUUGGCUGCCACAACAAUUUUAGUGCUGAGGCAGCAAUAGUCAACUUUUAUCAUUUUGACUCCACACUUUCUGGACAUACAGAUCACUCAGAGGAGGAUAUGUCAGCACCCUUAUUUUCAUUCAGCUUUGGUCAAACUGCAAUCUUCCUCCUUGGAGGUAAAUCAUUAGAAGAAGCACCAACAGCAAUGUAUAUAAAGAGCGGAGAUAUUGUAAUAAUGUCCAAACACAGCAGAGAGUGUUACCAUGGAAUCCCCAAAAUAGUUGCUGCUCAAGAAUUUCCUUGGAAUAUUUUUCAAAAUUCAAAUAGACCCAGUGCAAACCUUGGAGGACAAAAGUCUAGUGAAGACUGUCCUUAUCCUCCAUGCAAAAAGACUCACACUGAUUCGACCGAGAAUUUAAAUGAGAAGCAAACAAGCAUCAAGCAAGAGAGAAAGAACUUGAUUGAUAAUAUUCUUAAAGAAGAAUUUUGGUCACCUUUUCAUAGGUACAUUGAACAAUCUCGUAUCAAUAUGAAUGUACGGCAAGUAUUGUGCAAAAACCAUGUAGGGCUGUCCACUUAAAGAAUAAACUGCUCUUUCCAUAAGAAA